AAAAGUAAAAUAGAAAAGAAAUCCAUUAAUAAUUUAAAAUGUACACAGAAGUAGAUGUUUUCGUUAGUAAUUUCACAUUAAUAGAUCCAGAAAUAUACCAGCUAUGGAUCGAAGGAUGUUCAUCGAGUGAGGCUGUCACUACGUUACACCAGCGGGCUGUGAGCAAACAAACCGGAGCCACUGUUGAACUUAUUGCCAGUGAUGUUUUGGAUCAUUACAGAACAUUCGCAUUAUUAGAGAGACUUCUGACGGUGCCAUCAAAGCUGUCCGAACAGAUGGUGUUUCAAAUCGAUGAACCGACGAAGCAUAUGCUUAUCGAGAAAUAUUAUGACUUAGACGAUGCGGUUAUUAGAGAACUGCUAGGCCGUAAACUGUCUUCACGGCACAGGAAGGAUCUCGAUGAGGUGGCGGAGCGCUCCGGGGCGCCGCUGCGGUGCUGCCGGCGGCAGUUCGACAACGUGCGUCGCGUGUUCAAGGCGGUGGAGGAGAUGCCGGGGAACGUCGUGGCGAACAUACGGUCAACAUUCCUCAUAUCCGAACCUCUAGCCAAAAAAUAUGGUGCCGUUGUCUUCAUAGCUUGUAUGAGAUUCGAGACGACGAAACGCAAACUCCAGUAUCUCUGCUUCAACGAUUUUUUUCACUGUGCACAAGCCAUCAUGGGAAGCUGGACGUACAGCUGCACAGGUCCAGAGUAUUAUGACACGGAGAUGGACCGAGAGUUCCUUCUAGAACUGCGGGAACUGAGGAUUCUUCUCGAUAAAGAGAAAGAACAUAAACAUUUGAUAUGCAUGAGGUUAAAACCCAAGUUGCUGGAGAAAUCGUAUCAGGAGUUGGAACUUAAUUUUAGAUUGUACACGAGGGCGCUCGUCGGUCUCGCGUGUAACUUGCACAGAGGUCGUGAGCUGCGGUCCCUGUUUACGGAUCUACUCGAAAGGUGCAUCGAACCAUUGAGGAUGGGUGGCUGGCCCAAAACCGAUUUAGCUCAGUUCCUCUGCGCUUACGAACAGUGCGCUCUACAAAUGGACGUCUUAAGGUAAGCGGACUUGAAGAGCGUUUGGGAGCGAUAUAUGCGUGUGGUUAGCCAGUGUUUAUUGACAAUGUAUCACUUGUGAAUAGAAAACAAAGUUAGACAG